GUAAACGUCAUGCUCCGAGCGGAAACUCCUCCCGAAUCCAAACUCCGGCAACGGGACGAAAAAAAGCGGAAUAUCGAGGAAUCAGGAAACACGGAGAAACAAUGCAAUAAAUUACAAGAAAUGCAGACUUGAAGGCAGUCUCCUAGUGAGUGAGAGAUAACCGGAUUCCUGGUGAGAUGGGGUUUGGACAGGACUUGAGAAACUCCCAUGAGGGCCUAAUCAAACUGCAGGAUUGGGAGCUGAAGCUACUAGAAACAUUGAAACGCUUCAUGACUCUUCGUGUUAAGAGUGACAAGGAGUAUGCUUCACUUCUCCUUAACAUUAGCCAGCAGGUGGAUAAGCAAGACAACUCUUCACAGAUCCACUACAUUAGCACUGUCUCCAAGUCAUGGGCUCAGAUGGUACAGCAGACUGAACAGCUUAGUAAGAUCAUGAAGUCUCAUGCUGAGGAGCUGAAUUCUGGCCCACUGCACCGCCUCACCAUGAUGAUAAAAGACAAGCAGCAGGUGAAGAGAAGCUACCAGAGUAUACACCAGCAGAUUGAAUUUGAGCUGAACAAGGUUACAAAAAGUGACAUUGAAAAGCUGAAAGGUACAUACAGACAAUUAACCAAAGACGCUCAUAGUGCCAAAGAGAAGUACAAGGAGGCAAUUAUAAAAGGCAAGGAGCCAGAGAAGGCCCGUGAGCGUUACGACAAAGCCACCAUGAAGCUGCACAAUCUGCACAACCAAUAUGUGCUGGCAGUACGUAGUGCACAGAUGCACCAUGAGCACUAUCAUGAAAACACACUCCCCCUGCUGCUCGAUUCACUGCAAAAGAUGCAAGAGGAGAUGGUCAGCGCCUUGAAGGGGAUUCUUGAGGAGUACAGUGAGAUCACCAGUCUCUUGACAGAUGAAAUAGUAAAGGUCCACAAAGAAAUACAUACCUCUAUUGAUCAAAUUGAUCCUGCAUCUGAGUAUGACAACUUUAUUGAAGUGUACAGGUCACCUGAAACCAAAGAACCUAAUAUAGAAUUUGAUGUCUCACUAUUGGAGGAAACAGAGAAUCUUCAAGCCAAUGAGAUUUUGUGGAAUAACUUGACAGCUGACAGUUUACAAGCAAUGCUAAAGUCUACAACAGAGGAGCUUGUCUCAACCCAAAAGAGUCUACACAGUAAAGAGGACCUUAUGGUAGACCUGCAGAGCAAAAUUGAGGAGUACGCAAAAACUUGCGAAAAGAAAUCUGAUAAGGUGCUGCUGCUAAGUCAGAAGCAGUCUCUUGAGGAAUUAAAACAGAUGGUGCAGCUCCUACGCUGCUCAGAAGCCAAACUGAGCUCCCAGAAGGAUAUGCUGGAGCACAAGAUGCAGGAUAAUGGGGGAAAAGAACCUCCAACUGUGGUCAAUUAUGAGGAGGAUGCACGAUCUGUCAACUCAAUGGACAAAAGUAAAGAAAGAAUAUCAAAGUUUGACACCCUCCGCCACUCUAUUGCUGGCAUCAUUCGUUCACCAAAGUCUGUACUUGGCUCAUCCUCAUUGAUAGAUGUGAUUGCCAUCAGCGAAAAGCCAUUGGGGGAACAGGAGUGGUACCAUGGGGCAAUUCCACGGACAGAGGCCCAGGAGCUGCUUAAGCAGCAGGGAGACUUCCUGGUUCGUGAAAGCCACGGCAAGCCUGGCGAGUAUGUACUCUCUGUCUUCUCAGAUGCCCAGUGCAGACACUUCAUCAUUCAGUUUGCAGACAAUCAAUAUCGUUUUGAAGGCACUGGUUUUCCCACCAUUCCUCAGUUGAUUGAGCACCAUUACUCUACAAAACAAGUCAUUACUAAAAAAUCCGGAGUCACACUUUUGAAUCCUGUCUUGAAGGAUAAAAAAUGGAUUCUUAAUCAUGAGGAUGUCAUUCUUGGAGAACUUCUAGGAAAGGGCAAUUUUGGUGAGGUGUUCAAAGGAAUGUUGAGGGAUAAGACACCUGUGGCUGUGAAGACUUGUAAAGAGGAUCUCCCACAAGACCUCAAGAUUAAGUUUCUUUCCGAGGCGAGAAUCCUUAAACAGUACGAUCAUCCAAACAUUGUGAAGCUAAUAGGAGUCUGUACGCAAAGACAGCCAAUUUAUAUAGUGAUGGAACUUGUACCAGGAGGUGACUUUCUGUCUUUCCUGAGGAAGAAGAAGGAAGACCUCAAGACAAAACAGUUGCUAAAGUUUGCUCUAGAUGCAGCUGCAGGAAUGGCCUACCUGGAGCUUAAGAACUGUAUCCACAGAGAUCUUGCUGCUCGGAACUGCCUGGUGGGAGAGAGCAACCUGUUGAAAAUUAGUGACUUUGGCAUGUCACGUCAGGAAGAUGAUGGGGUUUAUUCAUCAUCUGGUCUUAAACAAAUUCCUAUCAAGUGGACUGCACCAGAGGCACUCAAUUAUGGGAGAUACAGCUCAGAAAGUGAUGUGUGGAGCUAUGGCAUCCUACUGUGGGAGACAUUUAGUCUGGGUGUAUGUCCUUACCCAGGCAUGACAAACCAGCAAGCCCGUGAGCAGGUUGAAAAAGGUUACAGAAUGUUGUGCCCACAAAAGUGCCCAGAUGAGGUCUACAAGAUCAUGCAGAGGUGCUGGGAUUACAAACCUGAAAAUCGCCCAAGGUUUUCUGAAAUAUGUCGAGACCUUUCUUCAGUCAAGAAAAAAUAAUUCAAAAUUAAAUUAUGGCCAAAAGUGUGAACUCCCUCUUGAUCUCUCCCUUAUUUACACAAAUACCUAGAUUUUUCCCUCAUUGCUACAAUAGAUACUAUUUUGCACAUUUUGCUGAUGCAGGAUCUGUUUGGGUGAAUGUCAUGAGCUUAUGUUUUGGCCUUUCAUGUAAAAAAAAAAAAAAGUCACUAUUUACAAUACGUACUGUACAUUUCUAACUGUAGACGGAUACUGAAUAUAGGAAAAGGUUUUUAAUAUUGGAGAAUGCUUAUGUCCAGCUGCAUUCCACUUGACUUGAUAUCUAUGACACCUGAGAGAAAACAUAGUUGACCAAUUGUUUAUCACUUAUAUGACUGAAAUCUUUUUCAUGCCCUGAUGUUUUUGCUUUUCUUGGAGCUUUUUAUUCUAUCUCAUAGUUCAUACACACCUACUUCAGAGUAGUGUAGAUCCAAGAAAUCUAGGAUACAUUAAGUGUAAUUCAUGAAAUAUGUUAAAAACAAAAUGUUUAAACUCAACAGACUGGCCCAUCAUUAAACACACACACACGUUCACAUUAAAUUGAGUCAUUCUUUGUUACUUUGUGAUACAGUAAUAACUUAUCUGCUUCAUUCAUGGUUUGUCAUUUUACAGAUACAUUUUUAAGAAUGGUCUGCUGUUCUGCAUAGGCUUCUAAGCAAAUAGGAGAUACAGAUAUUACAUUACUAUGUGUGUAUUUUACUUUAAGGGGCUGCAAAUUAUCAGCUAAGGCCAAUCUCAAAUAAUUUAUAUGAACUUUCAGUUUGUAAUUAUUGUUUUAUUACAGUGCAUUUUGAAGCACAGUUAACAGUAUUUUUUAUUAGAAAUUAUCCAUUAUGUAUUGAGAAAAACUGAAAUACCCUUUGUGGUUUAUUUUGCUAAUUGUCAUUUCUGAUCCUUUAUCUCUGCUGCUUGAUUGAACAGUGCCUUACAAAUGAUUUCCGAUGAAUCAGUAAUAAAUUGUUACUUUUAUAAGGUGUACUCUGACAUAUUCAUUUUGUAUUUUGUAAAUACUGUUGUAGAUUCUAUACUGUAAUAAUGUUGUAGGUCUGUGCAAAUCAUUAUGAAUUGAAAGUGUAAAUGACUUUUCAGUUCUGAUGUGGCCAGUCAUCACUGUGUUCUCAUAUAAUAAAACAUUUGCAAGUUUGGAAUAUGUAAAAAUCAUCCUGGUGUCACAUGUAGUGUUUUGUUUGAAACGGUUGGAACUUGUAAAUGUUCGCUACUGACUGAUCCAUACGCUUGAGAUAGUUCAUAUCACUUAGCACUGAUUCAUUCAAAUACUCAUUCAGGUUCCUCCAUCACAUGAUAUAAAUAUUACCAGUGGUUUCUGGUCAGAUGUGGUGACUUUUGCGUCAUUAAAACUACUGCUGAGUAAGGUAUUUUGUAUUCCCCUAAAUGUUUGUAUUCAUAUUAUAGAUGUUUUAUUUAUUUCAAAUAACUGAUAUUCUUUGAAUUUUCCUAUUUUUAUACUAUUCAUCUCCUACUGUCACUGUAUUUUACAUAUAUUUUUACUCACUACACUGACCUUGCAUAUUUUCUCACCUUGUUGCGCUUAAUGUUCCAGCUGUAGUAAAAUGACAGUUGUCACAGUGCUGUACAAAAUCAUAAUGCUAAUAAUUAUGGUUUAUUACUAGAAGUAUAUUAAUAUUAUUCAAGAACUAGCUUUAGGUUUUGUUUUAAUGUUAUAUAUGGGAAUUACAUUUUUGUGAUGUGUUACACAAUCAUGUUACUGGUGUUGCCAUUUAUUAUUGUGUGUAGAAAUGUUUUCAUGGAUUUAUGUAGCUUGAGUAUCUUUUAAUAACAGUCCUUUUAUAAUGUUGACAUUUGGUUGUAUCUUUGGCCAUGUAGGAAUAUAUUUUAUUGCCAUUCAUACAAAUCUAAUGGUGGGACAGUUGGCAACCACAAUACAUUUUUUAGAUUGAACAUGCAUUGUUUGUUUUGGUAUUAAAUUAUGUUAAAUAAACUAACUAAUAAAAUCAUAAGCUGUA